GACAACAAGUGGAACGCCCUGUCCAGCUUCCGUGACCUCGCAGAUGAGGUGGGCGCGCUGGUGAUCCGUCUUAAUGUCGUUUUCCCGAGUGCGGACUUCGAUGCUUUCCGCGCCCAGGUGGCUGGUGCCUGCCCCGCGCAGGACCAGCGACGUCGCGCCGAGGACGCGCGAUCCAACCACCGUUCCGUUCCGCUCACGCCAGUGCCCAACGCGUGA